AUGAAUUCAUCAGAGAUUCAUCACAUCUUAUCUAGAGAUCCUGUUUCUCUGAGAUGUUAUGCGGGUGUUUUUCCUUGUGACAAAAUACCUGUAAUUCAAAAUUUCCCUUGCGCUUUGGUGCUAAACACUGACAAGCAUGAUAAAGAAGGCACUCACUGGCUUGCUGUCUAUGUUAUAAACAAGCAAACUCUUGAAUUUUUUGAUUCUUAUGGACUUCCCCCUGAAGCAUACGGAGAAGAUAUAACCAAAUUUGUCAAGAAAUAUCAUAAUGUUCAUUGGAACAAGACUUCUUUUCAAAGUCUGACUUCUAAUGAGACAUAUAACAGAUAUGUUGCUCAAUGUGGUUGUAAUUUCAUAUUUAUAAUGUUUAGGAUUUAUGAAUUGAGAAAUCGUGAAAGGAUAUCUGUUGCAGCUGCAUCUAAGCUUCUUGCAAAUAUAAUGUUUAACUAUAAAGGAAUGGGCCUGUCAAUGGGAGUUAUGAUAUCUGGCUGGGACAAAAGAGGACCUGGACUGUACUAUGUUGAUAGUGAAGGUAAUCGUUUUCCUGGACAAAUAUUUGCUGUUGGUUCUGGUGCUACUUAUGCUUAUGGUGUAAUGGACAGUGGGUAUAGUUAUGAUAUGGAGGAUGAAGAAGCAUAUGAACUGGGCCGUAGGUCGAUAUACCAUGCAACGCACAGAGAUGCUUACAGUGGUGGUAUCAUAAGAGUUUACCAUGUGAGAGAAGUUGGCUGGAAGAAGAUCAGCGAGGAAGAUUGUACUGAUCUCCAUUAUAAAUAUCAAGAUGAAAAAAUGGUGUAACUUUGUUAAAAAUUUUGUAGUUGGAAGUAUAUUAAAUAAAUUUUACAUAUUCUGUA